GAGGCACAUGACAGACGAAUUAUUGUUUUAGUGUUUGUUUCUCGCUAUUACACAUAAAAGAAAUGACGAUAAUGUGGAUGGAGUGCACAUAAUUGAACAUAUUCUGUGGAUGGAUAGAGAUAUGUGGAAAAAACUUUGAAAAUCUCUACUAAUAACUUGAUGAUUAGCUGACCAUGUCCAUCAUCCAAGUGAAGGGAAGCGGGGGCAGUGUAGCUGCAGACCGAUCGCCGUUUUAUGGUGGACGAGUGCCCCCCGAAAUCAAAGCCAUCAGCAAACCUUUGGCAAAAAUUGAAAAGCAAACGUUUAGAAAAUUAUUGCAAAUGAUUGUUUCCUCCAUGGAAGGAAAAGAAGUUGAUGGUAGUCUGCUGAAAGAAUUAGAACAAGACAUUUUCACCAAGGAAGUGUUGAGUAUCGUUUACACUGGUUUAUACUCACUACUGAGGCGUGCUAUUCGACUGCCUCUCACAACGUUAAAACCAGAGAUGUUCAAGGAGGACAUUAAAGAAUUAAAUAUACCUGAAGCGUUUCACAGCGAUCUCGCAAGUGUGAUAUUUGGUUCAAGGGGUCCACAGAUUAAUGCACAUUGUCUGGAGAAGAGACCUCGACUGCCUAAGUUAUGCUGUCUGAAAUGGAGAGUUGAUGUAGCGAUAUCUACAAGUGUUUUAAACAGAGUUUUGGAACCAAGUAUUCUUAUGGAAAUGACCCUUAGUGAUGGCAAAAUACAUACUUUUGAGGUUCCUGUUGCCAAAUUUCAUGAACUGCGAUACAAUGUAGCUUUUGUUCUGAAAGAAAUAGAAGACUUGGAAAAGCGAAGUAUUCUCAAAAUCAAAGAUUAAUGCUCUGGACAUGAACCUUACACAUAUUUUAAACAACAUGUUCCUGUAAUCUUGGAAACUGGAAUAGACACUGAAAGUUAGAAUUUACAAAUCUAUAUAUCAACAUUUGUGGAUGUCAUUAAUAAAACUGAUUAUACUUA